AUGAUGUCCAUCGGAUACAAAACUCUUGCUAUAGUAGGAACAUUCCUCAGUGCUCAAGUGAUACAUGCCCAUAGUCACCACCAUGGUGGCGGGGAGCAAACGACGUUAAGCCACAAGGAAGACUUGGACCGAAAAUGGGCACCAGAACUAUCUGCCUUUGCGAGCAUGUCCACCUUCGGGGGUCUCAAACAUGUUCCGUGUCUCACCACCCCAGAUGAACUCUACGACAUUGCCAUAAUCGGAGCCCCAUUCGACACAGCGACAUCAUAUAGGCCAGGGGCGCGGUUUGGGCCACGAGCCAUUCGUGAAGCAAGUGCCCGUCAAGUAACCCAGCGUUCCUACAACGUACGGGCCGGAAUCAAUCCAUAUAUGGACUGGGCCAAGGUUAUAGAUUGUGGAAAUAUCCCCAUCACCCAGAUGGAUAAUAAGAUUGCGGAAAAGCAAAUGCUUGAAGCCUUUACAGAGCUAGGCACGAGGAAGACUGCGUAUCAGCAGAGACAGGAUGACGGUACUACCGAAAAGACCAAAAGACAACCAAGGAUAUCUGACGGGAAACCUAAGCUUGUCACUCUGGGAGGAGAUCAUAGCAUCAUCCUGCCGGUAUUGAGGGCCCUGAAUCAGAUAUAUAAAAAACCCAUCACUGUUCUCCAUUUCGACGCCCACCAGGAUACCUGGGAAUCUUCACGUUACGAUGGCUACUGGAAACCAGAGGAAGCCGGUCUAAACCACGGAACUUGGCUCUACCACGCCACUCAAGAGGGGUUGAUUUCAAACACAACCUCUGCCCAUGCGGGAUUACGUUCAUACCUUGGCGGGGCUGAUGAUAGGGAUUACUACACUGGGGUAGAGAAAGGGUUUAUGCGCAUCCAUGCUGAUGAUAUCGACGACAUCGGUACCCAGGGGAUAAUCGAUAAGAUCUACUCCCGUAUUGGUCUCGACCCUGAUCAACCUGUUUAUCUAAGUUUGGAUAUCGACGUUCUCGACCCCAGCAUUGCGCCAGGCACAGGCACUCCCGAGUCAGGUGGCUGGACAUCUAGGGAGCUAGCCAGGAUCUUACGGGGGCUUGAGAAACUGAAUAUCGUUGGUGCCGAUGUGGUCGAGGUCUCCCCUAGCUAUGAUGACCGCGGUGGAGGCACUGCCCUGGCGGCUGCACAUGUGGUCAAUGAACUGAUAGCUAGUAUGGUGAAACUUGGGGUUGAAGAUCCAGACAAGGUUGGUGGUUGGUUCGGCAGGAAGGAGGGAGGGAGGUCUAUCAAAGAUGGUGUGAUGGAUCAAUUUCAGGGAGUUUUUGGUCCAGCCGGGCUAGACAGGCUUCUCUAA